AUGUCAAAAUUACGGGUCUAAAUUUUUAUUAGGCAAAAUAGAUAGUACACAGUUUUAAACGAAUAUUACAUGUCUUCAAAUACGAUGUCGAGGAUUCUUCUGCUAGGUUCUGUUGGACUUGGAAGCUAUUUUGCCGGUAUCUAUGUCGAACGAACGAAAUCCGCGAAUCAUCAAGCGUGGACUGCAGAUGAUUAUGUAAAUAAACCUACAGACGGAUGUGUUAGCCAGAAAUUUCAACGCAAGCCGGGACUUCCGAUUUUCGGAACGGUAUCCGCCGCUUCUCCCGUUCCCGCAGGAGGUGAUGCUGUGGUGCAAAGCAACGUGAGUCGUAUAGGUCAAAUAAUGAAGUUCGGUUUUCCGGGUUUGGAUAAUGUGAGGUCGUAUGAUGAUUUCGUAUUGUCAUAUGAUCGUAGGACACGAGUGGCCCAUUGGGUAUUUGAACACCUAACAGCAGACAGAGUUAAACACAACGAUGCGGUCGAUCGGUCAAAGUGUGAUUUUAAACCCGAUGAAAGCAUGCAUCCUUUUUUUCGGUCUUUGAAUUCCGAUUACAAAGGAUCGGGCUUCGAUAGGGGACAUCUCGCUGCCGCUGGUAAUCAUAAAUCAGAACAAAAGCACUGCGAGCAAACCUUUUUUCUAACUAACAUGGCCCCGCAAGUAGGCGUCGGUUUUAACCGCGAUAAAUGGAACCACCUUGAACGGCACGUUAGAAAACUGACUAAGGAAUAUCCCAACGUGUACUGCUGCACCGGACCACUGUAUCUUCCCAGAAAGGAGGCUGAUGGGAAAUUGUACGUACGCUAUCAGGUGAUUGGUGCCAACAAUGUGGCUGUUCCGACGCACUUCUACAAAGUGGUGGUAAUGGAAACGACGGAUCACCGACUCGAAAUGGAAGCAUACGUACUGCCGAAUCAAAAAAUCGAUGAAGGAACGCCGCUUACGAUGUUUCAGGUACCACCGGAAACGAUAGAACGUGCUGCUGGAUUGCUGUUUUUCGAUAAGGUUGCACGUAACCAGCUCUCGAAAAUCAAUGGAAAGAAGCUGUGAGCUGUAGCUCUUUAAUUUGUAUAAAUUAAGUAGAAUUAUUACUUUUUUCUGUCAAUUUUUGUGAGAAAAUGAUGAAAAAAGUCAAUUAGGCAAUAUACUUGAAUAAGUAGAAAAAUGUA